UUAUAUACUCACGAUAUAAAAUGAUAAAACACCUAAACAAGAAGGAGAAAAGGUGUAAAAUUGCAUGAUACGGUAUAUGUGUAUAGCACUUCAGAAUUGCAUGAAAAUGGUAUAAAAAACGUAGGAAAGCCUCUGUGAUUACAGUACACACAUAAUCGUGUUCUAAAUAAGUUCCAAAUUUGAACUGUUUUUUUAUUAACAAUGAAUUUCGGGAAAAUCAUAUUUUUCUUUGUGGCCUGUAUCAUGGCGAUAAGUUGUGUGACCGCAGCUCCAGAGCCACGUUGGAAAUUUUUUAAGAAAAUUGAAAGAAUAGGACAGCAUAUCAGGGAUGGAAUCAUCAAGGCGGGGCCAGCAGUAGCAGUAGUUGGUCAAGCAUCCGCCAUCAUUAGCGGAUGAUAUCAAAAUAACUCCAAUUCCUAAUACAAUAAGAUUUAUAAUUGCAUGUUAUUUAUUAUGUUAAUAAAAUUAUUUAUGUUUCGUUGA